GCACAACGGACCGAGUCUGCAGCCGCCACAUAAAAGUUGGGUGCGCGUAGUUGGGAACUAGACCAGUCGCUUAUACGUGACGCGCAAACUACUGUCAUUUUACAAUUCAAAGUGCCUAUUGGAUUUUUACUACGGUCUUGUGUGGUGUACAUACUGUAAACAUUCACUACUACCAAAAGAACGAUUGGAUAACUUUGUGCGUUCCGUAAAAUUUCUUGGGAUUUACUGAAGACAAUCAAGAUUUGUAUCUGGCGAAUAUUAAUUGAUCGCUUGGACUUGCAGCUAUUUUAUUCCUUCACGCGAUUUUUAAAACGGAAUUCCCGUGCCUAGUGGAUUAUAGAACUGUCGUGGGCAAGUGGAUAGCUACCAUCAUGAACGUGUUCAGCAGAUCCCUGGUGAACAAUCUCUUCUCGUGCUCCUCGGUUAGCGAGCCCCACGACCAGCACAACUGCCAACAGCAGAUGCUGCAACAGCAGCUCUUACAGCAGCAGAACCUCGCCAACAACAACGUCAACCUCAACCAGACGUACCAUAAUAUACCGAACCAACAUGGAGUCAAAAGUAAGUUUUACAUUGCGAUAGAACAUCAUGUAUUUGUCAUUACAAAUUUGUAGUUUCAGAAGUACCCUUUUGUGUGUAGUUGUAAAUUUCACAUCAUAUUAUUACUAAUUGCUUUGAGUUAUAGGCUGUAUAUUAAUGUAAAUAUAAUAAUCGGCUUUCUUGAUGCCUUUCGAAGUGAAGUUUCUUAGUUAACCACUUUAGGUAUCAUGUAGGCAAUCAAUCAAUGUAGUUCAGUUUCAAACUAUUUUAUUAUUAUCUAGGCUAUAUUAACUAUAUAUAGGAUUUCAUGCUCAUUACUAUUUAAAACAGCAUUUUAAAUAAUACGUACAAUUGGGAAAUUAAAUUUUCCACAUUAAAAAAAAUAAUUUUUUUUAAAUUUUAUCUUCUGUUAAUUUUUUUUUAAAUUUGUAAUUUUCAUUCAUUUACACUUUUUAAAGUUUAAGAUUGGCUUUCCGUGCCGUAUUUAUGAAAUUUAUUAUUAUCGGAAUAAGUUGAACAUUUAAACGGACGAAGUUUUUUCCCCCGUAGCUUCGCUUAACUAAAAUAUAUUAAUAUAUUUAAUUGGCAUUUGGGCUGAAUUGUAGAGUUAUUCAACAUGGCAUCCCUUUCCGCUAUUUCAGCUUACAGAGAAAAAGAAAUUGUGGAUACAUAUUACAAAGUGACCGGACAUUUGGGAGCUGGUGGCUUCGGAACAGUUUACUCCGGUGUUAGGAAGCGAGAUGACCUACAGGUGAGAACUGAGAGGGUGACGUGUGUGGGGGGGGGGGGGGGUUUGCUAUAAUGACAUUAUUAUUGAAGCAAUUAAAAAAUGUAAAAUGAGUACAUUUGGCAAACUUUAAGAAAAAAAUUUCUUUUUUUUUUUUUCAACAGGUUGCCUUUAAAUAUUUGGGAGCUGGUGGCUUCGGAACAGUUUACUCCGGUGUUAGGAAGCGAGAUGACCUACAGGUGAGAACUGAGAGGGUGACGUGUGUGGGGGGGGGGGGGGUUUGCUAUAAUGACAUUAUUAUUGAAGCAAUUAAAAAAUGUAAAAUGAGUACAUUUGGCAAACUUUAAGUAAAAAAUUUCUUUCUUUUUUUUUCAACAGGUUGCCAUUAAAGUAAUCAACAAAAAGAAAGUCUCAUCUUGGUAUGAUCAGGUAAGCUGGACAAAUUAUUAGAAAUUUUCUGUUGGGAACUUAAACUUUCUCACCAAGUUGUUUUUUCUUUUUCUUGAUAAUAAUUAUUUAUUUUUUUUUGUGUUGUCUCUGAAAUAUAAGUUCAUGGCAUUUGGUUGCUUAUUUAAUGUUGGGGUUUUCUCAUUUUAAUGACGGACUGCGGGACAUACUCGUAAGUGAAGCCUCAAGUGUUCAAUAUUUUAUGACGUAUUAGGUUCUCCCUAUGACGUCGAAGCAAUGCGGUGUUAUUGUUAUGAUAUGCGUCAAUAUUUGGGUGGCCUCCCCUCCCGGACUGAGUACAGAAGGGAGGGAACUGGGGCGGUGCUGUUUUGACUGGAAUGGCUGGGGACUAUCGAUCCCACUAGGCCAAGCUUGGCCCAGAUUGUAAUUGUAGUGACGUUGUGUUGUUGUCGCCUUGCCAGUCCCUGUGUUGGGGCUCUCCCCUUUCUUCAGAUAACCAUUUGUUUUUUCUUUUAAUGUAGCUUUCGUGUUUUAGUUGAGUUUUUUUUCAAUGUGUUAAGGCCCUGGUUUAAACCACUAAGUGUAUGUUAAAAUAGCUUUGUAAUUUAGUGCGUCCUGGGCUGUGUUGUCAGUAUGUAGUAGGAGUAGGCGUAAUCCAAUAACAUAUGCCGCAGCCAGCUAAACCAGUUGGUCUCGCCCACGCGGCCGUCUCGUCUCGGGUGUACCCGACUCCAUAUCUCGCGUAGACAUGCAUUACGUAACGACGCAUUUGGGGCUCUCGUCUGAAAACCCCCACUCUUUCUGGUACCAUACUCACUCGAGGUGCGAGCAGUGGUCCUGGCCGUGUAUUGAUCUAGUCGAUCGAUAGUUUCACCUCCCGCUCAGUAACCGCGCCAAAAACGCAAUGGUUUGUAGUAUUUAUAGUACCCUAGCCUUUCACACGUAGAUGGGCGCGCAAAGGUUAGCUCCUGGCUCGGCUAGACCAGGUCUUCUGGAGUUUGGGGGGGGGGGUAAGAAGAAAACAGGGAAGCGCGAAUCAACUAACCAAACCCUCAGACAACACCUCCCUUAUUUUAAAAGUUGUAAGACGGCUCGGGGAGGGCAGAAGAUGAAAUCACGAGGAUGGAAUGCGAGGCUUGUCGGCUGAGUUUUGCUUGCACACACACACCCCCCCCCCCCCCCCCCUUUUUUCUCCUUCGUCAAACUUAGGGAUCUUGUUUGGAAGUAACGGGAGCGGGAAGAUGAUGGUAGGGGAGGGCAUUCAACGGAGUCGUCUUAAGUGGGUCAAAUGGGCUGGGGCUAUAAUAGCGCCCCCCCCCUUUUCCCUCAAAGGGGGGGGGGGACAAUGACAAGGUUGUGGUUCACACGAGGUUGGGGUGAUUUUUGUGUCCAUUCUGAGUUCAAGGUUAAAUAGUAGAAAAUGUUCGCAUUGGUUGAGUUUUAAUCACACAAUCCUCGACUGCUUUAAUGGGUUUGGCGUUUCUUAUUUGUGACACGAAAGUUGAUUCGAAGUUUUGCUGAUACUUCGUCACUUUGGUUCUGCUUUUACCACGUAGCAACGUCAAUCGUUUUGGCGUGAAACAAGCUGGACGGCCAAAAUGUUGUGCCCAUGUUUUGACGCGAUCCAGACGGCCACUCCUCGAGAGAGAGAGAGAGAGAGAGAGAGGGGUUGGGGGAUUGGGGAGGGGCGUGUUACGUCUCAAGGGCCGGAGAAGAAUGAACCGGGGGGGGGUGUUAAAGAAAUAUCUCCCGUCGGCAUACCAGCCUCGGCUUGGUUUGUCCCACUUUAGGGGCACCUCGUGCCUGAUACUGGCGCGUACCGUAGAGAGGUCACGGGAAAGUUGUUGAAGAGCUGGCGGACGUUAACUCCUGCGUCACGAGUUACGGUUCUUCCUGCCUGAUACUAAAUUUGGUAGAGCGCGGGAUUUCUUGUGGGGCCUUGUUGUUUUGUUUACGUUUUCUUUCUUAUCGGCGUACUGCAUCUUAACUACAUUGUUAAUUGGGAGUCAUCGCCUGCUAGCAAAACGUUGGUGAACAAAGAGUUUGAUCAACGGGCUUACGGUGCCCCUUCUUUCCUUUCUUUAUUUUUACGAGUGGCGUAUUUCGAGUGGGUUUGCUUUAAUCAAGCGGUCAAAGUUCUACGGCCCACGUGACGCUUGUUUCAUUGUCAGCCAUAGAUAACUCUUGCGCUUAUCAGACUCUGAUUAUCUCCCGUGUGUAGUUGUACCUGGUGCGUCCAGUACGUAAUUACAAAUGCUUGUUGAUGGGCCAAAGGUCAUCCAUCUCACUUUCCAGCUUUAUUAUUAUUUAUUUAAAUUAUAUCUGUUCUCACACUGUUGAUAAUAAAUGUGUCUUUUUUUUUUUUUUCUAGGCUAAUGGAAUGCAGAUCCCAUUGGAACUACAUCUUCUACAUCGGGUCCAACAUGUUAGUGGCGUCAUUAAGCUUUUAGACUCAUUCGAGACAACAGACAGUUUUGUCAUUGUCAUGGAGCGCCCAGAAAACGUCCAGGAUCUCUUUGAUUACAUUACAGAGCGAGGACCCCUGCACGAGGUCGAGGCUCGCGUGUUCUUCAUGCAGAUCGUUCAGAUGGUCCAGCAGAUCGAGAAACUCGGAGUCCUCCACAGAGACAUCAAGGAUGAGAACAUUCUGGUGGAUUUAAAGACAAAUCAACUCAGACUCAUCGACUUUGGCUCUGGAACCAUCCUUAGGGACUCAGACUAUGAUGAUUUUGAUGGUGAGUACAAUUGAUUGAGAUGUCAUUAGUAUAGAUUGAUUUUGUUCUGGGCACGGUUGAUAAACUUAUCUUUCUUUAGAUGUCUGUCUCUUUUUAUCUGGCUUGAUACCCAUCAGCAGCCAUUUGGUGUAAAAGUUUAGCUUUAAAAAAGAAAAAAAAAAUUGUGUAGUCUUUACUUUUAAAAGAAAUAAAGAAAUCUUCCAAGCUGAAACCACCAGAGCAGCAAAUAAUUGAACUGUUUCAAGUUGUUUUUGUGGAGUCAUUUAAAACUGUUUGAAUUUGAAAUCAAUAAUGUCUGCAAACACACAGGGGGUAAAUCGCGGCCUUUCUGGCUAUUUUGCCAUGCAGUAAUUGUGCAAGCUGCUCCUAAUAGUGCAAUUUAGUGGUGAUUUGGGAUAAUUUGGUGCCAGCAUUUGAUGCUAGCGUGGCACUGUAUAUGAACCCACGUCAGUUGCCUACUCUUGGUGAUUUCAAAACACAAGGGGGUCACCACAAAGUGACAGUCAUGCUGGUCCCAUCUCCUCCCCCCCCCCUCCUCCUCUUUCCCCCUCUAAAUUUGUAUCUAUCAAGAAAUGAUAAAUACCAGACAUGACACCCUUGGCUGAAACUAGAAGCCAAUCUUCGUAACCAGUCUUGGUGUAUUUAAAUAGUCUAGGGUCUUGUGAGGGAAGCAAUUUUCUGUGUGAUUUGGGGAUGGGUAGGGUUAGUGGUGGUGUGUAUCAUGGCCUGGCCUAUUAUAAUGCUGUUUGUAAUGCCUGUCAUUAAAGCACUUGGAGGUCUCACUUAAAGUUUCUAUUCCUGGUGUCUUUAAAGUAAAAUAAAAAAUUAAAUCAUUGCAAAACUGUUGCUUUAUGGCAAAACGUUCUUCAGUUAGUCACUAAGCUGUUGUCAAUUAUGCUAUUUAAAAUAGGCAAGUGUACACACUGCACUGAUUUUGGGUGUCUCGAUUUAGAAAAGGUUAAAUUUGGGGAAAUUUUGAGGGAGAAGAAAAACAAACAAACAAAGUCUUCCAUAGUCGAUUUUCCGAGAUAAAUAUUGUUGACGUGAGUGGUCUUCUUAGUGCGUCACAGCAAGGUGAGGGAUAAACACAGACGGUGACGAAGUGUCUGGCGACUUAAGGAUCAAUGGUCUAACGUUAUAUCCGUAACAGAAUUAACUUUUCUUUGCGGGUUUUCACCUUUUAGUGUAGGGAGAUGUCCACGACAGGGUGCAUUGUGUCCUGUGGGGGUUUACAUAAACUCCUCCCUCCAGCGCGCGCGCGCCGCCCAUCCGUCUAGCAGAGGUGAGCGCAUACCUGUGAAUUGUGACGUCAGGGCUGCAGUGACUCAUACCUGUGUCUGGAAAAACCAGAACGCAAAAAUGCAAUGGUGAAUGUCAGCGUCCUGGCGCAGUAGCUUUGAGCUGAGACUUGCAGAAGUGAAAUAUAUCCAUACAUAUUUAUAGAUUUGAUUGUCUUGAAGGAAGGACUAAAUUAGAUACGAAUAGUACAUGGGUGUUGAUAGGGUGAACUCAACAGUUUUACUUUGACAGAAAACAAAGACGUGUGGGCAGGACUUUUUUUCCACCAUUUGCCUCCGCCUGCCUUACUUGUGCGUGCCGGGUAGGAAUGUUGCCAACUUCUGUCCAUGUGGGGGUUGGGGGGAGGGUGGUAUAGUUAGGUGUAUUUAUAAACCUCAGAUAAUUUUUAAAAAAAGAGGGGGGGGGGCGUCUUUGUGUUCUCCUUGCAUGAGCUCUGAAAUGGUAUUAUGCUUUUUCCCUCUUGUAACGUCUGGUCCCACUAGUAACAAUGUUACCAUUUAGUUCUUCCCCUUCUUCCCCCCUGUGGUUUUAAUCCCUAAGAUGUGGUCCCCGCCUGUCUCUAAGUGAGUCUUUAAUCAAAUUAUUGGAAGCUGAAAUUUGAAUUUCGUUUUCAAUAUACUUGUUGGUUUCAUGCACACACAUCUUUGUCACCGCGCUCAUUUUGAAAAGCUGAUCUUGGGUCUUUCGUUUUCUUGAAUAUUUUGCAGCGGUCUACUGUUAUUUUUUUAGUAAUAACUCGAAUUAAUUGAAUGAAAUUUGUCUUCCCCAGGUACACGUGUAUACAGCCCACCUGAGUGGAUCUCAAAUCGUUUGUACAAUGGUCGCCGGGCAACUGUUUGGUCCCUGGGCAUUCUGCUGUUUGACCUCGUCAAUGGUGAUAUUCCAUUUGAACAGGAUGAGCAGAUCAAAGCUGCCCAGCUCCAUUACAAAGCUCCACUCACCCCUGGUAAGCACAAUUAAAACUCUUGACCAAUGGUUCUUUUUAUUUCUCAUUUUUUAAAUGCAAAAAAAAAUAUUUUUUAUAUCAUUAUGUUAAAGUAGAGUUGUUUAAUAGUUAUUGAUUUUAUUUUUAAACGUUACUUUCAGCUUGCAAAGACUUGAUACAGAAAUGCCUUUCCAUCGACCCUCAACAACGGCCAUCAUUGGAGCAGAUCAUAUCACAUCCAUGGAUGAGCAAGGUUCCUGCUCCCAUUCCCAUCCCAGAGAACCGCAAGAGGACAACAGCCUCCGGAAAAGUUGUUGAUGUUGCCCUGCUAGGCAGUAAUGAGUCUCUUUGAUCAUCAAUUCUCACGACUAGGUUAUCAAAUUGACUUCAGACAUAGAUGGGAAAUGUGGCCGUGAUGUUGGGCCUCAUCCUGGUAGAUGCCCCGUCUACCCAGCAGAUCCGGGCCGGGCCCCAGCUGUUGGGAUUUUAACCCUUGAUGACCUGAGCUCAGUUGCAGCCAGUGGCCAGCCUGCGGUCUCCCAAUGCUUGCACCGUGCCUGAAGCUAAGCCAACUACGUGUGCAUGGAUUCUAUGGAUAAACUGAACCAACUUGAUCCACGGAUACCUGAUGAGCACGUUCUUACCUUAACUUCUGGUGUUUUUUCAAGCGGGUGCACCCAAAACUUUCACAGCAUGUGCAAUUACUCUUUGAGGAGCUGUCGUCCUGAUAGACAUGUGAUAAAACUUUACAUGUGGCACUCUUUGAUUGGUUGCCUGUUCUGGUGGUGGUAGACUGUUUUUUUUUUUGUUUUUUUUUUAUUGAGAACUUUAAAGAUGUGGACAUUCAGGACAGAGACAUCUUUUGUUGUGCUUUGGAGAGAUGUUGUCAGGAGGAUUUGUGUAGCGAUAAAUUAUAUUUUUUUAAAAAUGUUAUUGUGUGUACCACUGAACAUACUGUGCAUGGUGAAUGCAUAAUUGUAAAAGUAAGACUUAUAAGACAAACUCUGCAGUAUUAUAUACCCAUCUUCACAGCCAUCUUCAAUGACUAAAUCCUGGUGACAUUUUUACUUGUAUAUACUCAAAGCUGUUUUAGGUGUAUAUUUUUUUGUGGGUCUUUUAAACAUCUCCCCCUCACACCCAUGAAUUUUACUGGGAAGUUUAAGUAAAUCUAUGCAGUGUUUGUGGUUUUUUUUUAGUGAGGCAUUUUGGAUGGGU